AAAUGUUAGAAAUGAAAUGCAAGUAACCAUUACCAUAAGAAUAAGAAUGAGUGUAACAUAUUCUCCUGAAAAAUAUGUUACUUGCAUCCACUUCUAGCAUUGAUACUCUACUUAGACGUGUCAGGCCAGUUUCGGAUCUUGGACGAGGGAGAGGCGACUGUCGGUGACAAUGAUGGUAUAUAAGAAGAGAGCCUUGGCGUGGUAAUGCUACCUUCUCGUCUGUGCUCUUUGUGCCGAAGAGAAGGUUGGAUCUAUGAUGGCUACCGUUGCUCAGAGUGUCGAGAUUUCAAAUCGCACAAAGAAUGUGCGGAAUCACCACCACAGAUCGAGUCCCCUUCUCAUCCACAACAUACUCUCAAACUCAUCCUCAUGUCUAGGGACACUGAUAACAAGUACUGUGACUGUUGUGGCGUAGAGCUUCUCUCGGGAGUGGCAUACCAUUGUUCGGUGUGUGACUUUUGGGUGGACACGAGUUGUGUGAGACUCCCUCCGCCGCAUGAUAUGGGACUCCAUAAAGCCCAUGGCCACCCCCUCGCCUACGUAAAGAUACGGGAAAUUGGAUUCACAUGUGAUGUCUGCGAUCAACAUUCCAAUGGAUAUCAUUAUGAGUGCAAGGAAUGUGAUUGUUAUUUUCACAUGGAAUGCGCCGAUCUGUCGCAAGAGCUAACCCACUCUUCUCACCCUUUUCACCCUCUCAAACUCCUCACGGAGGACGAGAUGUAUGACCUCCCAAACAGUAUGUGUCCCCUAUGCCAAUGUGAGCUCUCUAAUAGAAGUUGUUUUCUAUGCAAAUUCAGCAUCUGCAAUGAGUGUGCGAAGAACCCACCACCGCUUUCGAUUUUAAGCCUUACAACCCAUGAUCACACCUUAACCCUCCUGCCCAUAAGCAUCUCCUUCACUUGCAAUGCUUGUGGGAUGGAUGGUUAUUGGAGCCCUUACGUCUGCCUUCAAUGUUAUUUCGUGAUCCAUAUACAGUGCGUCGACUUGCCUCGUAUCAUAAAUAUCAACCGCCAUGACCAUCGCAUUUCUCGUAGGUAUUGCCUUGAACCGGAGAAUCCUGAUCCUAUGUGUGGAAAGUGUCGUAGACCAAUUGACAGGAGGUAUGGCGCCUAUUCUUGCUCCACAUGCCCUCAAUAUGCCGUUCAUUCAGGAUGUGCGACAUCGGAAGAUGUGUGGGAUGGGAAGGAGCUCUAUUGGAAACCUGAAGAAGUUGAGGAUGUUGAGCCAUUCAAGAUGAUAGCUCACAAUGUGAUAGAGCAUUUUAGUCACAAACAACACCAUCUGAAACUAACGGAGGAUGGCAAUGGCUGCGAGACGAGCAUACACUGCAAAGCAUGCAUACGCUCUGUCAACUCAGGUCCAUUCUACAGUUGUAUGCAAUGCGAUUCCUUUCUUCAUGAAAAAUGUGCUAAUCUUCCCCUCAAGAAACGACAUAUGGUGUUUGGGCAGCAACUUGAUUUGGUAGCAAAUGUUGGGUCAGAUUUCUACCGUAAGUAUUGCCCAUUGUGUUGCGCAUUCUCCGAUGGUUUUAAGUACACUAGUGAUUGGGAGAGCUUUGUAGAUGUGCAAUGCAUUGCAAUAUGUGAGCCAUUUGAACAUGAAUGUCAUUCCCAUCCCUUGUACUACAAUUCGAGUGACAGAGGAAACUGCGUUGCUUGUGGCGCAAAAGACAGAUACGCGAUGAGGUGUGUAGAAAGAGGUUGUGAAUAUUCUUUGGGCUAUGCUUUGUGCUUUUCAUGUGCUGGUUUACCAAGAAGGGUAGAGCACGAGGUGGACGUUCAUCCCCUCGUCCUAUGCUACGGGGAAAAUCAAGAAACAGAAAAAUAUUGGUGCGAUGUUUGCGAGAAAGAGACUGACCCUAGCCUAUGGUUCUACACAUGCGAUGACUGCGGCCUCACCUUGCAUGUCGGUUGUGUCAUUGGUGGAGACUUCGCGUACCUCGAGCCAGGAAGCAUUGUCCAACAUGACGGUCACCGAUUUGAAGUGGUUACCAACGAUGGCGUUAAUCGACCACUUUGUCGCACGUGCAGGAAACUUUGCAUCUUCUCCGUCAUUCUAAAGACGUGCGAUGGCACUGAUGGAUAUGUAUGUUCAGAAGAAUGCCUUAGUGGAAUUUUUUAGUUGUCAUAAUCCAUUUCAGCUGUUGUAAACGCCGAUCUAAAGCUUAUCCAUCUCCCCGUGUUGUAAAUCAAACCCAGACAGCGUUAUUAAAUUUCAAUUUGAUUGAGGUUUGGAAUC